AUGUGUUCGGAGGUGUCAAAAACGUUUUUGAGAGUGAAGCGGAAGUUGGACCUUGGCCAUCAGACUUUCAUUACCAAUUGUGCCAAGGCAAAUAUUGGGCCGAUUAAAUCUUUUAAACUGUAUAAAGAAAUGGUGGGUGAUUAUUCAAAAAUAGGGGCAACGAGUGUUGAUAUCUGUAAUUUCAGACGUGAUUUGUUGGCUUAUAUUGAGACGGGAGAUGCGCAUCUAAUACUUGCCAAGUAUCGACAAAAAAAAGAGGUGUGCCCGAAGAUGUACUUCGAGUACGAUGUAGAUGAGUAUGACCAUUUAUGUCGGGUGUUUUGGGCGGAUCCAGAGGCUAGAAGGAACUUUGCACGAUUUGGAGAUGCAAUGUCGUUUGAUGCUACAUACAGUACGAACAGGUAUAGCCUGGUUUUUGUCCCUUUCACUGGGGUGGACCAUCACAAGAAAUGCAUUACAUUCGCUAUAGGGUUAAUAUCUAAGGAAGAUGUAAAAUCAUAUGUCUGGCUGCUUGAGAAUUUCAAGAAAUGCAUGGGGCAUGUGCCGCAGUUGACAGUGACCGAUCAAGAUCCCACCAUGAAGAGUGCCGUUGCACAGGUGUUUGAAUCAACUCGCCAUCGUUUCUGCAUGUGGCAUAUCAUGACCAAGGUUAGCGAGAAGGUAGGGUCAACAUUGGCAAAGAACGAAGAGUUUCGUAGGGCAUUGAAUGCUGUUGUGUGGAAUGAGAAACUUAAAAUUGAAGAGUUUGAGGUUAGGUGGCAUCAUAUUAUGGAGGACUACGGGCUCAGUGAACACAAAUGGUUCAAGCAAAUGUUUGAGGUGCGUGAAUUUUGGAUUCCUGCAUAUUUCCACAAUGUCUUCAUGGGAGGGUUAUUACGAACUACAUCACGGUCAGAAGCAGAGAAUAGUGUAUUCGGGAGUUACACUAGCCAACACGCUAGCUUAGUGGAGUUUUUCUUGCAAUUCGAGGCGGCAAUAGAUACCCAACGGCAUAAACAAGCGAAGCUUAAUGCAGAUUGUGAAAGCAAGUUUCCAGAGAUGAAAACCCCGUUGAAGAUCGAGCGACAUGCCGCGACUAUUUACACCAUAGCUAUUUUCUAUGAUGUGCAAGAGGAGAUUUAUGCGGGGUGUGUCACGUCUCGAAUCAUAUCUAAGAUGGCUGAGGGCGAUUCUAUACACUUCGUGGUUGAAGAUGGUGAUGGGGGAUUAUUUGAUGUGUACGCGAAGAAUGUUGACCUGUCAUUUGAUUGCACAUGUCGAAUGUUUCAAAGGGUUGGGUUGUUGUGCAGGCAUGUGUUUGUCUUAUUAAAGGAUUCCCGCGUAGACAUCAUUCCGUCUCAAUAUAUUGUUGCAAGAUGGACUCGAGCCUAUGAUGGCGAGGUGUGUAGGGGAGACAACAUAGGUGUUGUUACGGAUCCAAAUUCUGCACUCACCCAAGUUUGGAAUGAGUUCUACAAUUGUGUUGGCCGUGCAUGUGGAAAUACCGACCGCCUGGUGGAGUUGGCAACAUUAUUGAAAGCUCAUAGUGAGAUAUCCACCAAUAGCAACAAUGCUGUUACCCCAAGUACUGCUAAGGUAAGUGUUAUCCAUUCAUUUUGUGGCUCGCCAAAGUCAUCAGAUGUUGUUGUCCGGCCACCUAACAUUGCUAAGAAUAAAGGGUCUGGGAAGCGAUUGAAAUCGAUAAGAGAGAAGGUUGCCGAGAAAGCAACUAAGGCUAAACGGUUGUGUAGGACUUGUAAGCAAUUUGCACACCAUGAUAGUCGUAAUUGUCCCGAGGCGUAG